AUGUUCUGUACGUCGUGUGAACGAUAUCUCUCUCCUUUAGAUCAAACAUGUUCAUUUUGCUCCACUAAAUGCCAAAGAUAUACGACCAGAAACGCAAUGCAAUAUAAGACCUUUACCGCAGUAGCUACAACUGAGAAGAAGAAAGGGGCUAAAAUCAAAGAAUCUUGCCCACAAUGUAAAAGUGAGUAUAUGUACUACUAUACCAUGCAACUCCGAUCGGCCGAUGAAGGACAAACAGUCUUCUACGAAUGCGAUUGUGGCUAUAAGACUAAACUAAAUACUUAA